GAAUAUGUAGAUUGUCGCGCAUCAUUGCAAAGCAAAGAACUUUGAACUGCUUGAAGCCUACAAGAAGACCAAUGUCAAUCAGUAAUUCCAUGGUUGCCUCCCUUUUUCUGACUCUAUACACUUAAAGUUUAUCAUUUCUAAGAUGAACAACAUACAGAAGAAAUAGAGAUAUUCGUCACCAGACAGACAAACAAAAAGACAAAGAACUACAUUAGAAGCUAUGUCUUAUAACGAAGUUAUAACUCCUGAUACAGUUAUCUCCCUUGAUCAGACUCAUUGCCAUGCACCGCAGGACCAAACAAGAUGUAAAAUUGAGGACCAAACUGUGUAUGAUGAAGAAUUGAGUUGUAAUUCAGAAUUGAGAAUACAUACAGGAAUUAAACCAUUAAAAUUUGAUAUAGAUAUCAAAGCAGAAAGUGAUUCAGAGAAUUCUGAAUUGCAAAGACACACGAGAACACAAACAUCUGAUAAACCGUUUGUAUGUGGUGUUUGUGAUAAAAACUUCUUUCGGAAACCUGAUUUACUUGUACACAUGAGAGUACACGCACCUUAUAAAUGUGAUAUAUGUGGUAAAGAGUUCAGUACAAAAGGCAACUUAAAUACCCAUAUGAAAACACAUACCAUGGAAAAACGUUUACAGACUCACAUAAGAACACAUACUGGUGAUAAACCUUAUAAAUGUGAUGUAUGUUGUAAAGUCUUUAAUGCCAAAGGAAACUUGAAACAACACAAACAAAUACAUACUGGUGAUAAACCUCUGAAAUGUGUAGUCUGCUGUAGAGGGUUCUAUAGAAGAAGCAUCUUAACUAUCCACAUGAGAACACAUACUGGUGAAAAACCUUACAAAUGUGAUGUAUGUUACAAAAGGUAUAAUACUAGGGGCAACUUAACUGUACACAUGAGAACACAUACAGGUGACAAACCUUAUAAAUGUGAUUUAUGUUGUAAAAAUUUUAAUCGUGAAGGGCAUUUUACUAAACACAUGGCAUCUCAUAAAGGAAAUAAUAAACAAUUUAAAUGUAAUGAAUGUGGUUUAGAAUAUAAUUUGAAAGGUUUAUUACUGUUACACGUAAAGAAAACACACAUUGGAAAGAAACCUUAUGAAUGUGAUGUAUGUGGUAAAAUGUGUACAGAUUCAAGCACCCUUUCUGCACACAUGAGAACACAUACUGGUGAAAAACCUUAUAAAUGUGAUGUUUGUUACAACGUGUUUAGUCAAAGAGGAAGCUUAAAUAAACACAGGAAAUUACAUACUGGGCCAGUAGCUAGUGAUGAACCUCAUGAAUGUGAUGUUUGCUGUAAAGAGUUCAAGCAAAGGGGCACCUUAACCACCCACAUGAGAACACAUACUGGUGACACACCUUAUAAAUGUGAAGUAUGUUCCCAAAGCUAUAAUGAUAAUGGCCAGUUAACUGUACACAUGAGAACACAUACUGGUGACAAUCUCUAUGAAUGUGAUGUUUGCUAUAAAGUGUUCAAUCAGAAAGGCCAUUUAAGAAUACACAUGAGGAACCACACUGAUGAUAAACCUUACAAUUGUCAUUUAUUUUUUAGAGGGUUUAAUCAUAAAGGGAACUUUACUAGAUACAUGGGAACACAUGCUGAUGAUAAACUUUAUAAAUGUGAUGUUAAACCUUAUAAAUGUGAUGUAUGUGGCAAAGUGUGUAAUACUAGUACCCACUUGACUAUACACAUGAGAAAACAUGCUGGUGAUAAACCUUAUAAAUGUAAUGAAUGUUGUCAAAUGUUUAAACACAAAGCAAGCUUUGAUUAUCAUAUAAGAUUACAUAUAUGUACAAGUGAUAACUCUUAUAAGUGUGAUGAAUGUUUUAAAGUGUUUAAAUACAAAACAAGUUUUGAUAAACACAUAAAAUUACAUACAGGUUUUAAGUCUCAUAAGUGUUAUGUAUGUUGUAAAGUGUUUAAACACAAAGCAAGCUUAGAUUAUCACAUAAAGUUACAUACAGUUGAUAACUCUUAUAAGUGUGAUGUAUGUUGUAGGGUGUUUAAAUACGAAACAAGCUUUGAAAGACACAUAAAAUUUCAUACUAAUGACUGAAAAAAAGCAAGCUUUAAUAAACACAUAAAAUUACAUACUAGUGACUUUGUGGACUAACAUUCCUGGACUAGAAGUUUCAGAAUAACAUGACAGCACACACUUGACCAUGUUGACUGAAUUGACAGAAAAUGAUUAAUAAAGGUGGUUACUAACACCUUGACUAAUAUUAGUUUGGCUUGUUUAAUUUUUAUAAAAUUUUGAAAUAAUGUUGACUUUGACCAUUUGAAAAAAAUUGAAAAAUUUCAAAAAAUUUGAACCAACCACUUAUCAGAAAAAUUUAUAUUGGUUAUAUUACAGGUUGACAAACAUUAAUUUUUAUCAUUGAGGAGCUUAAUGUUUCCUUAACAAUACAAAGUGAUUAAAACGUUUAGCUGAUAUUACAGAGUUAUCUCCCUGGAGUGUUAGGUACCACCUUAAGAUGUGAUAUGAUUGCCAAAAAAGUUUAGAUGAAAUGGAUGUAAGUAACCAAACCAUCCAACUAUACGGCCUUCAACAUCGAAAAAAAAAACACAUCAUAUAGCCGGAUAAUGUUUAUUAUCAAGUGUAUGUUUAUCAAAGUUUUGAAUUUAGUAAAUUUUAAUCUCAUGCUGAGAUUAUAAUUCAUUUAAAUUACAAGUUUGCAUAUUUAUAUUUUUGAAUGAUUAUAUUUAUUUGUUGGGUAAAGAUUGCAUGAAAUGCAAUCAAAACCAUAUGUUACUGACUUGAUAUAUAAAUUCUUCAAGGCUGAUCACUACCUUUUUGAUACACAAAAUAUAGUGCAUUGAUCAUAACAUUAUAUACAUCCUAUCCAUGAACAUUUCCAGAAAUUUAUCACUUUAAUAUAUGCUCAGAUAUUAAUAAGUCACAAAACGAUGCUCCACAUGUCAAGAAAAUUACAUAACUUUUGCAAGGUGCAGGAAUCUAAUAUCUGUUCUAAAAAUAUAAAUAAUGUCAUUGUUAAAGUCAUCUUUAAAAAUUGGAGUUAUCUCCCAUUGUCCAGAUAGUAGUUUAAUCAACUAGCUUCAUUGACAAUGAAAUAUUUAAUUUUACUUCCCACUGAUAAAAUAAACGCAAUCUUUACCCUUCUGUGCUUACAAGCACUUUGAUUUUGACAUUGGAUGAAUUAAAUGGACAUGUGGUAAUGAAUGUAUGCAGAUUUAAUCCACAACAGUUGUGGGGUACUUUAAAACUUAUCCACACGAGUUAUAGUGUAUUCAGAUUUAAUCCACGUCAGUUGUGGGGUAUUUUAAAACUUAUUCACACGAGUUAUAGUCUACAGCUGUGGAUUCAUUAUUAUUCGUUGGAUACCCAUUUUCGUGGAUUUCCUGGGUACGGGUGAACCACUAAUUUAAAUGUUCAACGAAAUACAAAUUUCUUUAAAGUUGUAUCCAGACUUUGGCAGACCAUGAAAUCACAUAUCCACGAAAAUGCAAGGUUUCCGCAAUCUCUCAAUUUGAUCUCUUUUGUUGUUAAUUAUUUUAAGAUUUGACCCACAUCAGUCGUAGUGUGUUUUAUGUUUUAAUCCACAUAUGUUGUAUUUAAUCCACAUGUGUUGUAGUAUGUGUAUUUAAUCCCCUUGAGUUGUAAUGUAUUUUCAAGUAGUCUACAUGAGUUAUAGUGUAUUUUCAAAUUCAAUCCCCUUGAGUUGCAAUGUAUUUUUAAGUAGUCCACAUGAGUUGUAGCGUAUUUUAAAAUAUAUUCCCAAUGAGUUGUAUUUUAAAAUCUUAUUCACAUGAGUUGAUUUAUAUUUUAGAUUUUAAUCAACCGAGUUGUGGUGUAUUUUAAAUCUAAUUGACAUGAGUUGAACUAGUAGUGUACUUUAAAUCUAAUUGUCAUGAGUUGAUGAAUAUUUUAAAUGUUAAUCAUCUGCGUUGAGGUGUAAAUUUAAUAUACAUGAAUUGUACUUGUAGUGUAUUUUAAAAUCUUAUUCACACAAGUUGUACUUGUAGUGUAUUUUAAAAGUUUUCCAUAUUGACAAAAUGAAGAUUUUGAGGCACACAAUUUGACUUCCUUGCUAAUUUUUUUUUAGAAAUUACAUACGAAAAAAAAGCAGAAUUCAAAAUUUGGGUUUUCUCAGUGACCGACUAGUAGAGCGUGGAAUUUUACCCUUUGAAAUAUUUGUCAGCGUCCAAUGAAAAUUAUCAUUACAAAGGAAUUAUAUUAUAAUUUCAUUCUCACUGUUAAUGGCUAAAUGGAAAUGAAAAGUGUGGAUUCAUUACUAUUUCUUUAUUUCCAAACGUUAAAAUUUUUUUUGAUAUUCUUUUACAAUGAAUUGCAUGUUUAAGUGUUCAAUGAAGUAUGAAUUUCAUAUAAGCUUGUAUUUAAAACUUUGAGGUUCCUCAAUGCAUGAAAAAUAUACCAUGAAAAUAUACAUGACCCUGAUGAUAUAUGUAAUGAACUAUCAGUAUUGUUUAUUAUUUAAAUUUUUGACAUUCUUAACCUUAGUAAUUGGGACACUACAGUCUAUAUUUGUGUUAUAUAAAAUUGAGACUACAGUUAUCUCUUCGUUUUUUGUUUUUUUUUUGGAAGCAGGAAAUCAAUCUGUAUAUCAUUGUAUAUUUAUCAUGUUGAAAAUGAAACAUUGUAAUUAUUAUGUGUUUUAUAUUAUUAUACAAUUAAAUUUUGAUUCUUGCAUGAAUUAUGUUGCAUUAUAUGAACAAAUUGAGAUAUGCAAUGACAUAGGAUAUAAAUAAAAUCAUCGGAUACCAGAA